AUUGUUUGCUAUUAGUACUUAUAAACGGUUAUAGAACCUUGGUCCUUCGAUGUCAAAUUCCAUUUAUUCCAUUCACACAAUCAAUGGCAACACUCAUAUUAACGAUUCAAGCAAAAAAAAUAACUCAAAUGAGAUCCAAUAUCAAUUAGAUGAAGCUGAUAAUAACGUCAACCAUAUUGACAACAAUUUAGAAGCUUCAAAGGAAAAUCUAUUAAAAGGCAUAGAUGGAGAUUCUAUAGAGUUUCCUGAUGGAGGUUUUAGAGCUUGGUUGGUUGUAUUUGGAUCAUUUUUAGGGUUGUGUACAUCAUUUGGAUUAUUCAAUGCAAGUGGUGCAGUUCAAUCAUACGUCCAAUACCACCAAUUAAAAGACUACAAUGUUUCGACUAUUUCCUGGAUUUUCUCGAUUUAUUCAUUUAUCACAUUUUCAUUCAGUGUGUUUAGUGGAUUGUUAUUUGAUAAGAGAGGAAGCAAUUUGCCAAUGAUAAUUGGUGCAAUCUUUAUGAGCGGAUCAUAUUUUUGUUUAGCCAACUGCGAAAAAUAUUAUCAAUUUCUAAUUACUUUUGGUAUUUUAAAUGGUAUUGGUACAAGUUUUUGUUUUACGGCCAGUAUUUCUGUCGUCUCCCAUUGGUUUUCUGUCAAGAGAGCAUUUGCAAUGUCAAUUGCCACAAUUGGUGGAUCAGUUGGUGGUGGGGUUUUCCCCUUAAUCUUAAGAGAAAUGUAUCCAAAAAUCGGAUUCAGUUGGUCAAUGAGAACCAUCGGGUUUAUUGUUUUAGGUACACAAUUUGUUUCAGCGGCAUUAAUUAAGGAUAGAUUACCAAGAAAGCCUAAAACUAUGGUUAUUAUGAAUAAUAAUAAUAGCAAUAAUAAUAAUAAUAACAGCGAAAACAAGAGUUUCCAGUUUAAUUAUUUUAAGGAGUUGACAUACAGUUUAUUCGUUGCUGCGUUGUUAUUCAUUGAAUUGUAUGUUUUUAUAGUUCUAUCAUAUUUGGCAUCAUAUGCAAUGGCUAAAGGGUUUAGUGACUCCCAAGGUUUAUUAUUACUCACAAUCACCAAUUUAUCGGGUAUUCCAGGCAGAGUUAUUCUAGGAUACUUAGCAGACAAGUAUGGUAGAUUCAAUGUUAUUUGCUUUGUUACAUUCAUGUCAUGCUUGACUGUGUGGGUUAUGUGGUUGCCCUUUGGGUCUAAUUUAACUUGCUUGUAUUUGUUCAGUGCGUUAUGGGGUUUCUUUAGUGGAUCUAUUUUGUGUCUUUCGCCAGCAUGUUGUGGACAAAUCAGCAAAACAGAAAAUUUCGGCAAGAGAUAUGGCACAGCAUAUUGUGUUGCCAGUUUUGGGUCGUUGGUUGGGUUGCCAAUUGGCGGUGCGAUCAUUGGAAAGUCUGCAAGCUCGCAGGGCUACACCAACGAGGUUAUCUUUGCCGGUCUGAUUGGCACAGUCUGUUUGCUCUUUCUCUGCCUCUCAAGAUACUCGAUUGCAGGCCACAGACUCGUCAAAGUGUAAUGCUCGUCAGCACUGAUUCGUUGUCUGUUAAUAAACAAUGCUCGCAAAGAACAGUGCCAUGUAUCUAAUACGCAUUGUAGUACAGCAUAGCGUGUUCAUCAGAGAUGAAUCGGGCGUGUGGCCAAGUUGGUAAGGCGUCUGUUUCGCGUACAGAAGAUCUUGAGUUCGAUUCCCAACUC